UUGAUACCAUAAUGCAAAUGUUGAACAGCCAGGGCAACAGUGUUCAGGCUAUUCAUGCAUUUCCCGAUUGACUGCAUUGCACUUACACUAAAACGAAAGCAAAAACAGGCGUCGAGAAAACCAGGAAGAAAGUUCAUGGAAGGUGCUGUGCGUUUUGCAGGCUGGCGCGCUGUUCAAGACAGCAACACACUUUCAGAGGAUGAAGCUCCGGAAUCCGGCCGGGUCUACACAAUGUUUCAUGGCACACAUAUUGACAACGCCAAAGACAUCAUCAUCAACGGCUUCAAGCAGUCCACGCGCGGAAUGCUGGGCAAAGGCGUGUACGUCAGCCGCAACAUCCAGAAGGCCAAGUGCUACCCGCUCCGAACUGACAAGAACGACCAGGUUGUGUUCAAGCUCAAGGUCAACGUCGGCAAAGUUAAAAAAAUCGACGUCGACUACCAUCCACUGCGCACGACCUGGCACGACGACGGCUACGACUGCGCAUGGGUGCCUCCACACAGCAAUAUAUCAGCGAUCAAAUCCGGCCGAGAGGAGGACUGCGUGUGGGACACGAAACGCAUCACUGUGGUCGACGUGGCGUGUUGCGUGGACGAGGGGAAACGACGCAAUCUGCGUAACCUCAUCCGCAGACACGUGAGCAGCGACGAGUGUCCAGCAUGCCGCCAGAGCUCUCCGGACUUACCGCACGACGUGCGGGACUGCUGGGCGUGCGGGGGCAGGAUUUGUCCAUUUGAAAAAGAGCAUGUGUGUACAGCGCAGCAAUAUGUCCAGUGAAAGGUUAGUUCCCUACAUCCAGUACUGGAGGGCCAGCACAGUCAGGUAUGCGGAACUAAAGGCCUCCCAGGGAUGGAUUUUGGGAUCUGAACACAACUCUGCACUCUCAGGGAAUAAAAGGGUACUAUCUAUCCUUGUCGCUUAGGUGGUACGCUUAAGGUUACUCCUUUGUAGCUUUUGUCCCAGUUUACUUUUAAAGCUUUACAUUAAAACGUAUUCAUUCAUUUAUGUACCGUAAGUCCUUUAAAAAAUAGGCCUACACUAACAAUGUUUCCAUGUGUUAGAGAUAGUAUUAACAAUACAAAUGUACUACGUCAUCGACAAGGAAAGGUAGAAUUUAACAGCCUAUUUUUUUUUUCUGAGAAUAUGGGUGGUCAGUCACUGUGGCUUGUGCAACUCAGACAAUUAUGUUACUGUUUACAUCUCACAGACAAAACUGAAAACAACAAGAACAACAACAACAACAACAAAAAACAACAUGAAGGGUAUUUCUAUGAUGCAUUUGUGCACAGUAUAAUAGUAUAUACUAGGCUAGAAUUUGCUUUGUCUCUGAUGGCCAGUUUCUUUGUCUGUGAAUGUAAAUUAUAUCUAUGUUUUCUUUAUUUUGUGAUAAUUGAUGAUAUGACUCAUCACUGUGUUAACUAACCUAAUUUAAAAUAAUAAUAAUAAUAAUAAUAAUAAUUAUUAUUAUUAUUAUUAUUAUAUAGCUUAGGCAUGAACCAAUUAGUAAUACAUUUAGAAAGCUCACCAGAAGGGUUCACAGAGUAUCAAGAUGUGAAUAGAGGUGUUCAAUGGGACUAGAAUCCCACAGUAUGCAACAAAAAAAAAUUCACUCAAGUAGGAGAGUUUUGCUUUCAUACUUGCUAAGGUCGCGGUACAAACACAACAUUUGUUUAUGAAUAGGAGACACAGAGGGUUCUGUUUUGUCUAUUAUCAGUGAUUUGCUCCUGUAGCCUGACCCAAAUACUGCCUUAAUCACAUAUCUCUGCCAUAUUUCUGUACAAACUAGCCUGAAAUUCACAAAAUAAAUAUGUUUUUGUUUAUUGUAAAA